AUGGCGGACGGAAAGAAAGCAGUCGAGUCAGACAAGGUCUGGACGACCUUGAUCACCAACAAUGCCUACCUCUCUGGUCUUCUCACCCUCGACUUCUCUCUCAAGCAACAAAAGUCCAAAUACCCGCUAGUCGCCCUCUACACCGACACCUUUCCCGAGUCCGGGCUGGCGGCGCUCAAGGCCCGCGGCAUCCCGGCGCAACGCAUCGAGUACCUGCUGCCGACCCAGGGCAAGGACUACAGCAACGACCCGCGGUUCUACGACUGCUGGAGCAAGCUGACGCCCUUUUCCCUGGCCCAGUACAAGCGCGUGGUCCAGCUCGACUCGGACAUGCUCGUGCUGCGCAACAUGGACGAGCUCAUGGAGCUCGAGCUCGACGACCCGGCCGACGUGGAAAAGGGCGUCGGCCGCCGCGUCUUUGCCGCCGGCCACGCCUGCGUCUGCAACCCCCUCAAGAAGCCGCACUAUCCCAAGGACUGGAUCCCCGCCCACUGCGCCUUUACCCACCAGCACGGCGCUCCCGAGGAGGCGCAGACGCAGGGCAUCGACCCGGCCGUCGGGCCCCUGGGCUUCAUGAACGGCGGCCUCCAGGUCGUCAACCCGGGCAAGGGCGUCUACCGCCAGAUUGUCGAGUACAUGGAGGCGCACGCCCUCAACAUGGACUUUGCCGACCAGAGCGUGCUGUCGGAUCUGUACCGCGGCCGCUGGGUCCCCCUGCCCUACAUUUACAAUGCCCUCAAGACCAUGCGCUGGCCCGGCGUGCACGACGCCAUUUGGCGCGACGACAGCGUCAAGAAUGUCCACUAUAUCCUGGCCCCCAAGCCCUGGGACGAAAUGGACGAGCAGGGCAACUUUGUCGGCAAGGACGAGUCGCAUGCCUGGUGGGUGCGGGUCAACAAUGAGAGACUGAAGGCGGAAGCCGAAAGGGGCGUGCCCAAGGACGGCUUCUAA